AUGUUUUGCCUUACUGGCUUCAUGAAAAUGAAAGAAUUACGAGUUGAUGACCCGGCGUUUGUGUUCACUCCCUCAGACGCAAGGUUAGUUCGAAGAAAUUAAUAAGGCUCUGUGAUUGUUUUGAAAAUUGUACAGGUGGAGAAGAGAAAUACAAGUUUUCAAUGAGAACUGGCCCCUGAAUGAGAACAAGUUUUUGCCCGGAAAGUCAUUUCAAACCAAACGAUUUAUUAACAUUUUGAUUCGUGCAAAAGACAAUGGUUCAAUUAUGAGAGAUCAUGUCUUGCAAGAAAUUGAGGUGAUAUUGUCGAUCCCGCAGAAAGCAACACUCAUUUUGUUCAGAUUCUCAACAAAUGGAUCAUGAACAACAUUUCUGUACCUACUAGUGACAUGGUUUAUAAUUUGACUUAUCAAGUAAGUAACACACUGACUAUUGUUCGCACAAAAAACAUUUUCAGGAUCUCUGCCUAAACUAUGACUGGGUCUGUGGAGCUAACGAGCAUAUUCAGAUGCUUAUACAUCGUCAUGACGUCAAUCAAGUACUAGACAUGCACUAUCCAAAAGGAGGAAACAAGGUUGGCACUAGAUUUUAUCCAAAUUCUUUUGCUCAAUGAUAUCAUGUAACAGGACACUCCUGUCUACCUUGGAAGCAUUUUCGGUGACGUUCAACUAUCAGAAAACGGAACAAUUGAAGAUGCUAAGCUAACCCAACUUUUCUAUUUCCUCAAACAAGAUCAAAAAAUGGUUGAAGAGUACUCUUCAAAGUUUUCCUACGCAGUUGAACACUUUCUGAACGAGGUCUACAGUUCUAAUGUUAUAACGCUGUCAUUUGCUCAUUAUCAGUCACUCGAGGUGCUUUGUAGUACUUUCUCUGCACAGACUUGUAAAAGAUUUUUUGAAUUUAGGACGGACUAGAUGAAAAUGCAAAAGCUUUUGUUCCUAACUUUGUUGUCAGUUUCUUUGUUUUGGCCAUGUACGCUCUGAUCUCAUCAUUUACCUUAAAACAGUCAUCUGCUCGGAAAAUUGAUUGGGUUGCUAGUAAACCGUGGCUAGCUUGUGCAGGUUCAGUAGUUUCUUUUGGAUCAUUGUCUCAUUCUGAUUCUGUAGGAAUGUUCACGACGGUGCUAUCUAUCCUGAGUGCGUUUGGAUUUCUGUUUCUCAUUGGUGUCCGGUACAAUGUGAUCAACACCAUAAUUCCAUUUCUCAUAAUUGGUUCGUCCUCAUUCUAUCUUUUGAGAAAACGGAAAGAUUACAGCUAUUGGAAUCGAUGACAUGUUUUUAAUGAAUGCUUGUUGGGAUCAAACCAGUAAAUCGUUAUCCGUUCCGGAAAGAAUGUCGAAGACUUUGUCGCACGCCGGUGUAGCAGUUACCAUAACCAAUGUCACGGAUAUCAUGUCGUUCGCAAUUGGUGAGCAAGUUUAUACGGCAUUUUCGAAGAACCAAAUUGCAGGAUGUAUUACUGAUCUACCGGGAAUUCAAUUUUUCUGCAUUUAUGCGUGUGUUUCCGUGGCUUUUAGUUAUUUUUAUCAGGUUUUUCAGAGCGUAAAGUAGCAUAAAAGAAUUAACAUUUCAAUUUUAGUUAACUUUUUUUUGUGGAGCUAUGGCAAUAAUGGGAGAAGUUGAAAAAGAAAAACGACAUUGCCUAUUCUUCUACCAAAUUUUCCAUCUUGUUGACAUUUCACAAAUGAACAAAGAAGCCAAUUACAAACUGGAAGCUAUGAGAAAGUGGGACAAUGAGCUAUUUCUUUUUACUCAUCAAGACUACUUACAGAUCUGUAAUUUCAUCACAAUCUGACUUUGAUAGUAAAUCCACCUACUCAUUUUCAUCUAAAAAUGAGAGUUUUACAUCUGAAAACACUCUCCCUGCAAAGUUCAAGUGGACGGAUUCAUCUGACUCCAACACGGCGUCUACAAGCUCAAUUCCAAUAAAAACAUGUCCGCAACCAGAAAAUAAAGAUAGGAUUGUGAAGUUUCUCGGAGAAACUUAUGGGCCCUUCAUUCUCUCAAACACAGUGCGAUUAGUCAGUGGUUUGAUAUUUUUGAUUUAUAUGGCAAUCGCGUUAUAUGGUAGGUAUUCGAAUAACCUUUUUGAAAAUGAAUUGCAUGUUAAUUUCAGGAUGCUACAACUUUCGAGAAGGUCUAAACCCCGGAAAUUUAGUUACAAACGAUCAUUACAUUGCCAAAUAUUUCACAGACAUAAAGCACUUUUGGAGAGUUGGACCUCAACUGCAUGUAGCUAUUUUGAAUCCACCAAGCCUCGUCAGCAGUUCGAACCGGUUUGAUUAUCUUGAAAUCAUGAAAAAAAUUAGAAAUGAAACGUUUCAGAGAUGAAUUGCUACAUAUAGUCAGUUCUUUUGAAAAUACAACGUAUACAAUGGGCAGAGAAGGGACUGUCUUCUUCCUUUUGGAAUAUAUGAACUAUCUGGCUGAUCUGAAUGUGGAAAUUGAGGAUUCCAAACAUCUUUGGGAAACGAAAUUCAAUUCCUGGCUCAAGUACACUGGUGGCUCGACGCAAUGGACUAGUAAUAUUAGAAGAAAUGAAUCUGAUGGAAGUUUUCAAUGCUUUAGAUUUCAGGUAUUUAUGAAACUUGAAAAAUUAUUAAUAAAUAUGGUUUUAGAUUGCUAUGAAAAACUUUGUGGAACCAAAUGAUCAUAAGAACGCAGCGAAAAUGUUACGAGAAAUAGCGGACAAGCAGUCUCUCACUGUAGUCGUUUACCAUGAGGUACGUGAUUUAAUUGAAAACAAAAAAUUGAAGAAAGCGUUCAGGCAUUCCCAUUUGCUGAUCAGUACCUUAUCAUUCUUCCCGCCACAAUUCAAAACGUUGUCAUUUCUCUACUUUGCAUGACCGUCGUCUCGAUUCUGCUGGUUCCCAGUCUCCCUUCAGGAUUCGUUAUUUUUGUUUCUAUUGUGUCUAUCAAUGUGGGAGUGUUCGGCUACAUGACGUUAUGGGGAGUCAACUUGGAUGCAGUCAGCAUGAUAUCCAUAAUCAUGAGCAUCGGAUUUGCGGUCGACCUUUCUGCACAUAUUACAUACGCGUUUGUUACAUCUCACGGUGAUACCAAACAACGAGUGCUCGGAGCAUUGGAAACACUUGGUUGGCCGAUUUUCCAAGUAAGCAUAGAAGCAGGAAAACGUAAUUUGCUUUCUCGAAAUGACAAAAGUCACGACAUUUGAAAAGAAUGUGACUCAUGUUUUGAAAUUUCAGUAAAGUCAGGCCCACGACAAAUAUGAAAAAAAGACUUCCAAACAUGUGCACAGUAACUGGAAUACAAAACAUGUCGAAAAUGAAAACGAAAAAAAAGCGCGUAUGUUGUUUUGCAGGGUGCUUCCUCCACAAUCGCUGGGAUUUCUAUAUUGUAUACUGUCGACGCAUACAUCAUUCUUACUUUUUUCAAAACUAUUUGGCUGACCAUGUUCAUCGGAGCCAUUCAUGGUCUCUUUUUCAUACCAAUAUUCUUGUCCUUGUUCCCUGUCGAGUUUUUCAGAAUACCAAAAACCACUGAAUUUCAUUAA